UUUUCUUUAUUUUACAGAUGGGGUCGAGGAUUUGGUCUUUUGGGUUCCAUUUUUGGAAAGGAUGGUGUAUUAAACCAGCCAAACAGUAUCUUUGGACUUAUAUUUUAUAUACUACAGUUAUUACUUGGUCUGACAGCAAGUGCAGUUGCAGCUUUAAUCCUCAUGACAUCCUCCAUCAUGUCCGCAGUGGGGUCUCUGUACCUGGCCUACAUCCUGUACUUUGUGCUGAAGGAAUUUUGCAUCAUCUGCGUCAUCACAUAUGUGCUGAACUUCAUUCUUCUUAUCAUCAACUACAAACGACUAGUUUACUUGAACGAAGCCUGGAAACGGCAACUGCAGCCCAAGCAGGACUGACUGCCUGACGAACUCUUUACCUGACACUCUGAAGUCCCUUUUUCCAUUAAGUUUAUUUUGCAGCAGUUUGGUGUUUUUUUUUUUAAUUAUUAUUAUUAUUCUUCUUCACAACAGACACUUUCCCUAAGAAUCUUAAACUGAUUUUUUAAAAUCCUGUAAAUUAGAAGGGGCUCUAGCUAUUUUCUGUGUCAAUCUUCAUUUUAAAUAUGGAUACAAAAAAAGGAUACACCGAGCCAAUCAAAGACAAGCUUUAACUUUACUUUGGAGAUGUUUCUGAAAUGGUAAAAUGUAGCCCUAGCCCCUUCCCCUCAGUUGUAAAGUGAGCAACCAUUGCUAGUAAUUCUCUAAUGUGUAUAAAUUCAAUUUCAGGUAUAACAAAUGUGAUCAUGACAUGAAAAUAUUUUAGAAUAGAUACUGUAUUCAAUAUUGCCAUGUUUACAAUAUGUAAUAUGUUUUUUAGCCAAUGGAUUUAAACAUGUAGAUUCAACUAGAAUCCAUUUAUGUGCUAUUUGUAAAUAAAGGUAGAGAUAUUGGAUCCAGCCCUGCAGAAACUUGCUGUUCAGCCUAGUUGGAGUGUAGUGAUGAGGAACUGUCAGCUCAAUGCUGACUGAAGACAUAGUGAAAAUACUAAGUCCACACAGAGCAUCUUGUAGAAAGGACUGGCAACUGUGGGUCCAGCACUGACAGCAAAAAUAAUAGGGUGACUGGUUCCCUUUCAUCUCCUUCCUUUGAAAGGAAGAAACUAAAUUUGGACAUUCAAGUCAAGCUUGUACCUAGUCAUAAAACUGGAUCAAUUAGAAACUUACAGUGUGAGUCAUGUGACCAGACUUUCAACGCCUUCAGGACACUAAAGGUGGGAAAAUGGGUAGAUUUCUCUGGCAAAAAGCUGGAAAUAGUACUAUGGCAUUUCAUAGUCUCUUACAACAGGUGAAUUUUCAUGCACUUAAUUUUCCUUCACAUUAGUGCCAGUCAACCAAACAGUAUUGGCUUGGAAAAUCAUCAGUAUAAGCCCCAGUCACUCCAGAGUAGGAUUACUCUUGGGUAGCUCCAUAGUGUUUCUCCUGUUUCUUUCUUCACUAACUAACCGGACAUCUAGUUUAAUUGUUUUAGGGUCAGAUAUUACAUUUGUAAACUUUAGGGCUGACAUGCUGCUCAAUUGGCUUAACUGGGAGGAGUACUAAAGGGAGAAGUAUCUCAAGGUGGAACAUAGUACUCUUUCUAAUAACUACCACAAUGCAGAGUCUUUGAAAGCGAUUUGAAUAAACCCAAAUGAAACAGUGACAGUACAUUUCUGUGGUUAACAUCUUCUAUCAGAAUGUUCAAAGUGCCUUCUGUCUUAAAUCUCAAACCAAAUAUUUUGUGUGUUGAACUUGGGCAGAAGUGUCCUUCCUUCCUUUCUCAGCAUGAAGUAGGAAACUUGCAAUCUAUAGAAAGGUUCUGUGUGAUCUUUUCAUUUCUUAGGUUGAGAAGGAGUAGCCAUGUUUUUGCUUCCAAUUCUGUUCAUCAUUAUGUUAAGAAGAAACCGGUAACUAUUGAGUGUUCUGCCUUUUGUAAGGAGGGGACAGGCUCUGCUCUGUAAACCAUAACAUGUAGAGUCAUCAACUGUCCAGCAGUUUCCAACCAACUGUCAUAAUUGAUGCAGUGUAUUUUUCUAGCCCAAGGCAGGUAUCAAAUUGCAUUGUAAUGUACUUUUAACCAGUUUAAAAGAGUUUUGUAAAAGAUAGCUUAGUUCUGAUUUCAUCCAGGCUUAUAUUUUUUCCCAUGAAUGUGAAUAUUUCAAUGUCUGUUUUAUUAUGUAUGUAUUGUUCUUGUUUCUCUAAAGAACUCUAGAAAGUGUUGAUUAGAUGUCUGGUAUUUAUGGAGAAAUGAGUUCUCUGGAGAGCUGCACAAUGAGCUCGUCGGGCAGCAGAGCUUCCCCUCUACCCAGCAGAUCAGCAGUUCACUGCUUCUCUUUUCUCCACUAGUCUGGAGACGGCUUCACCGUGAUGACAUCGUGGUAUAUAUAUAUAUAAACUCUGGUCGUGCUAAACAAAUUCCUUGUGUCCCCAUUUAAAAUUGUUCUUUGCCCUCCUCUGUAUUGGUCAGCGGAGUAGAGUUAAAAGCUUGUCUUGAUGUUGCGUUCUUGCGAAUGUCUGCAAUUCUUUCGUGAGAAAACAUCAGAGUGUUCAGUCAGACCCUUCAAGUUUUUCCUUUGCUUUUCUAAGCCUUGGGGACACUACUGUUUCAGUUACAGAAAAAUUGUUGCCACAUUCCUACAACCCCAGAAUUCAUGUCCUUCUCACUGAGUGAUGAACAUGUGCUGCCUAAAAUACCACAUGGUGAUGCCCAUCUCUCUCUAAGCAAAGGACCCCCACCCUGGUGUGUGUGAUUUGGUAUUUUUUCCCUGGGAAGAAUUUAGGCUUCCCUCUACAUCCUCAAUUCUACCCUAGAAGAAGGGGAAAACCCCCUGUUAUAAAAGUCUGAGGGUUAUUAAGAUUAUUUCAGACUGAAUAUUUAAACACUGCAACAUUAUUAGCUACCAGUGUUGAAGAACAGGUUGGGGAAAAUAUGAAUUUCUACUUCUCAGUUUUCAAAAUGAUUUGUAACAGAUGAAGCCUCUUAUUUACUUGACAGUCCUAUCAUUUGAAGAAAUAAGAGGUGUCAUGGUUACAUGAUAAAUUUUAGGAAAGCUCAGUGGUUUGAAGGGUUUCAUUUUUUUUUUUUUUUCAUUGCAACUAGUUGCUAUCAGUUGAGGGCCAACUUCUGGUGAAAUGUCAGGUUUAACUAGCUGCGUGCCCUGGGUGUAUGUAGCCCCUCCUUAAAUCCAUGACUUUCAAAGAUGUUGAUAGCAUUGACUAUUUUCAUUCAAAGAGACAAAGAUCUCUCAUUUGAUACAAGAGAUCUUUGGACCUCCUACAUAAAAUACAGGACCAAGACUACAGUGAAAUUAAAACUGUGAGUUGGCUUUAGUUUUCUUAGACUUCAUUUAAGACUAUCAGCAGAAGUACAAAGUUGUCUUCAGCAAAGCUUGACACCAAUAACUGCUGACAGAUCUUACCCUGAACAUCAGUACUGGACAACUGCCAACAAGAAACCCACUCUCAUUUUUGGUAACCUAUUUGGGAAAGAAUACCUAAUAUUCAAUCUUUAUCCUCGUGUAUUUUUGUGUAUUUUUUCCCCAAUGGGCAAGUACUGGUGAAACACUGCUAUUUAUAUAUUUUAGGCAGCACUUAUGAGUCCUAAUUUGUGAGAACUACCCUUCAAUAAAUCAAAGGUAUGGGGUGGGAGUCCAGGUGACUUGGUUAAACUUUUUUUUUUUUACAUAUUAGCCCAGAAAAGGUAAAAUGUUUUGUUAUAAAACUGUAUUAAGCAUGGCCUAAGUAUUAGGUGUAUGAUCUGUAUAGUAUGUUCCAUCAAAAAAUAUUUAUUACUAGUGCUUUAAGCUCCAGAGUAAACAUUCAUUUUAAAUGGAGUUCACUGGGCAGAUUUCCCCUUUAAUAUAGAUAGAAAUAUUCUUUAUCAGAGAUUUAGGACACAGUUUUGCUAACUGGUAAAAACAAAUGUAAAUAUGUAAGAAUGUUUAUUUGUUGCACAUAACUUUUUUGGUAUAAAAUAAAUGUAGAAGUUACCUGUGGAA